GACAACUGACAAUGAGACACACUUUUGAACAGAUGGGAGAUUUCAUUUCCUUAAAAGCCAUUUGAAUCUGCUGAGUGCUUUGCUUUUCCUUCGUUGCCGGCUCCUAUUCCAUACACCCUUUCACAACUAACUCUACAACCUUUGUAAGCUUAGCUGCCCACCAAACGCGGGAACCCCCCAUUUCUCUUCGUGCCUCCCUCAACUGCUGCUUCCCUGUCUUCUCUCUCUCUCUCUCUUUUCUGCUUUGGAAUUUGUUCCAUUUACUUACUUUCUUUAAAAAACAAACUCCUUUAAAUCCAAACCCAGUGUCAGAUUUUUUUGUCAGUCUGAAAAUGGCUACAACGAGUUCUGGUUUGAGACCAGCACAAAGGGCUGAAAAGCAGAGGAUUAUGCAACAGCAACAAGGUCUUAGCCAUGGCUGGAAUUCAUUAACGAGAAGUUUAAACAAUGGACAACAGUCUCUUCGCUCAAAGGACACGAAACCUGUUCCUUCUUCUAGACGUUCAGUUACUCCAACUUCUCGUUCUUUCUACAGGGACUUUGAUGAUGACAACGAUUCUGGAAGGGUGAGAGUUGCUGUUAGACUUAGACCAAGAAAUGCUGAGGAUCUUCUUUCAGAUGCUGAUUUUGCUGACUGUGUUGAAUUGCAGCCAGAGUUGAAGCGGUUAAAGUUGCGAAAAAACAACUGGAGUUCUGAAUCUUACAGAUUCGACGAAGUUUUCACAGAAACUGCCUCUCAGAAGCGUGUCUAUGAAGUGGUAGCAAAGCCUGUAGUCGAGAGUGUACUGAAUGGUUAUAAUGGGACGGUUAUGGCUUAUGGUCAAACAGGAACUGGCAAAACCUUUACACUUGGCAGACUUGGUAAAAAUGAUGCAUCUGAACGCGGUAUUAUGGUUAGAGCUCUAGAGGACAUAAUGGAUAAUAUAUCCAUUGCUUUUGACACUGUGGAAGUCUCAUAUUUACAGUUGUAUAUGGAAUCCAUACAAGAUUUGCUUGCACCCAAAAAGACAAAUAUCCCUAUUAAUGAGGACCCCAAGACUGGAGAAGUGUCAUUGCCUGGUGCUAUUACGGUUAAACUUCGAGAUUUACAUCAUUUCCUAGAGCUAUUGCAGAUUGGUGAGGCUAAUCGUCAUGCAGCUAACACAAAGCUUAAUACAGAAUCUUCACGUAGCCAUGCAAUUCUAGUGGUUAAUAUCCGGAGGUCUGUCCCUGGAAAAGUGGAAGAUGAUAUUAGCUAUCAAGAUAAGAUAACAAAAGGCAACUUCCCCAUCGUUAGGAAAAGCAAGUUGCUGAUUGUUGAUCUUGCGGGGUCUGAGAGAUUAGACAAAUCUGGCAGUGAAGGUCUAUUGCUUGAAGAGGCUAAGUUUAUUAAUCUAUCUCUUACUUCUCUGGGAAAAUGCAUAAAUGCAUUAGCUGAGAACUGUCCGCAUAUACCUACAAGGGAUUCUAAACUUACAAGAUUGCUUCGAGAUUCUUUUGGAGGCUCUGCUAGGACUUCACUUAUAAUAACAAUUGGGCCAUCUUCACGACAUCAUGCGGAGACCACUAGCACAAUAAUGUUUGGGCAGAGGGCAAUGAAAAUUGUGAAUGUGGUAAAGCUUAAAGAAGAGUUUGAUUAUGAAAGUUUAUGCCGGAAGCUUGAGGCUCAAGUAGACCUUCUUACUGCUGAAAUCGAUAGGCAACAGAAGCUGGGACAGAGUGAAAAGUCUGGUUUGGAAAAGCAACUUCGAGAGUGUCAAGAUUGUUUUCAGGAGACAAGAAAGACUCUAGUCACAAGGUCUGAGUUUCUAGAGAAGGAAAAUACUCGCUUGGAAUUGGAUAUGGAAGACGUUUUAGCUGAAUUGAACUGCCAGAAAGACCACAACUCUUUGAUGCAAGAUAAAAUUGCAGACUUAGAAAUGAGGUUAAAGCAGAGCAAGCAACACCAGCUUGAAAACUCUACCUAUCACAAACUACUGGCUGAUACCACUGAGAUGUAUGAGAAAAAGAUAGCUGAGUUGAUCAAGCAGCUAGAAGUUGAACGUGGCCGGUCCAAAACUGCUGAAGAACAGUUAAAUUCUAUGAAAAAGCUAUCAGGUGACCAUCAAAAGUUAACUCAGCAACACGAGAUGGAGAAUUCUAAACAUCAGAAGGCUCUUGUUGACACUACUUGGAUUUAUGAAAAGAAAAUAAUGGAGUUAACUAAGCAAUUAGAAGAUGAGCAUACCAGGUUUGAAGAUAUACAAGAACAACUGCAUUUGGCAAACAAGCGUCAAACAGAUUAUCAAAAUUCAAUGCAGAAGCAGGAAGAAAUGAGUGAACUGAGGUCGGAGUUACAAGAAAUGUAUCAACUUCAUGAAUCUACUAUAAAUGAACUACAAUCCCUGAAAGCAGAAUUUAAAGAUCAGAUUGAAGAGAAGGAAUCAAUUACCGUAAAGCUUUAUGCCAUGCAAGAAAAACUGUCAGCAGAAGAGAAGCGGAGGAAGACUAUAGAAAAUGAGCUGGAAAAGCUUAAAAAAUGUGCACCUGAAGGUGAUACAGAUUUUGAGGAUGAGGAAUCAUAUAUGAAGGAAAAGAUCAGAGGAAAUUCUGUGUUAGGAACCUCAGCGAGUCUCAAGAAGGCUGGUCCAUUAAGGGUUACAAAAUCUGCAGCUCAGAGGGUUAUAGUUGCUAAGAUCUGUGAAGAAGUUGGGAUCCAAAAGAUAAUACGAUUGUUAACUUCUGAAGACUUGGACGUACAAAUCCAUGCUGUGAAAGUGAUAGCCAAUCUUGCUGCUGAAGAAGUUAACCAGGAGAAUAUUGUCAAAGAAGGUGGUUUAGAUGCUCUGCUUACUAUGUUGAGAUCAUCACAAAAUGCUACUAUACUUAGAGUAGCUUCGGGGGCCAUGGCGAAUUUAGCAAUGAAUGAGAUGAAUCAAAGCCUAAUAAUGAGCAGAGGAGGUGCUCAGUUACUAGCAAAGACUGCUUCCAAAACUGAUGAUCCACAAACUCUAAGAAUGGUAGCUGGUGCACUUGCAAAUUUAUGUGGAAAUGAGAAAUUACAUAUGAUGCUAAAAGAAGACGGAGGCAUCAAGGCAUUGUUGGGAAUGGUUAGAUGCACGAACAGUGAUGUUGUUGCCCAGGUUGCUAGAGGAAUGGCUAACUUUGCUAAAUGCGAAUCCCGAGCAAUUGUUCAAGGAUAUCGUAAAGGCCAAUCACUUCUAAUGGAAGAAGGUGCACUUGAAUGGUUGAUCGGAAACUGUAACAAUGCAUCAGCUUCAACCAGACGUCAUGUUGAGUUGGCCCUUUGUCAUUUAGCACAAAACGAGGAGAAUGCCAAGGAUUUUACAUACAGAGGAGGAUUAAAAGAGCUUCAACGGAUAUCAAUGGAAUCCAGCCGAGAAGAUAUUCGCAACUUGGCUAAGAAGAUGCUGAAAUCGAACACAAUGUUUCAGGGUGAGUUGGCAGUAAGAUGUUCGACAUGAAGCCUCGUGAAUUAUUUCGUUUCUGUUAUAUAAUUAGUACAUUUCGGGUUUCUGUUUCUACAUCAUUGUGAAGCACGCUUGCAUGUAGUGGAGGGAUGAGAUUAAAGUGGUGGAAAGAAACUUGGGGUCCACGCCGAGUUUUUAACGCCAAUUAUAUCUAAUUAUUUGUGUAUUUGUAUUAUAUUGUGUUAUUUUCUUUGUAAUAUAAUCAAAACAAGCAUAUCAAGGGAUAGCCAUUAGCCAUGAAUUUUAGAGUUUUUAUAGGUUCAUUAAGGGGUUAGACGCUGACUAUGAGUUUUAAAGCUGCUUCAUACCUAAGUUAAAGAUCGAACCAUUGGUUAAAGUAGGAAAAAACUCUUACCAUCUCACCUAACCCUUAUGGUUGAAAUGGGUUGGUUUUGAUAUUCAGCACUUAGUUGCAUUUAGUUUGUGGAAUGUAAGAUUCAUUUUGAUAAUAGGAUUGUUUGAAUAUAAGUUGUUUAGCA